CAUUUCAUAUUUUUUAUCAUUGAAAUAAGAAUACUAUCGAAGACAGUUUCUUUUAUAAAUUUCAAGAAGUUUAUAUAUAGACGUGUAUGUGUGAGAGUUUCGGUAUCGCGUUACUAUGUGUGAAAAGUAUAGACCAUGUGAACAAUCCUGGGUCGGAAGAUCGGGAAGACCCUUAACGCCGUUGCUUUUGGAUUGCUGGCAACGGGAAUAUGACAAGCGGCCCUACCGGAUGUUCCGUUUCAAUAUUGUUGAUUUUGAAGAACGUAUGCAGAGAAAGUUCCAUGCGGUAUAUGAUUUCCUGAUUAUUGUUAGCUUUUUAAAGAAAAGACCUCUCUGCACGGCACGACUUACAGGAAUUCAUUUGUUACCGUAUGAACAUGAAGUAAUACAUAGCUUUGUUGAAAGCCUUGCGAAGAUUCGUCGUAUUGAGUUACGACUAAUGCAUUUACCUACCAUAUUUUUUGAGCAGCUUGGGAAUAAAUUCGCUUUAAUGAAUGUAAAAGAACUAAUUCUGGAAGGUACAAUACUGACAUCGCCAGACAUCAAAGCCCUACAUACCUUAAUUGCAGAAUCGCAAACACUUCGACAUCUGAAUGUGGCGAAUUGUAGCGUCACUCAAUAUGACUUCCCCUUACUAGCCGAUGGUGUACAUAAAUCGAGUUCUAUGCGCAGCUUCGUUUGCAAUCGACUCAUCGGUAAACGCUUAAGUUUAGACACCACAAAAAUUGCUCAUAUAGUGUCCUCACUUAUCUGGCAAAAUAAAUUGGAGGAACUGGAAAUGCAGAAGUGUGAACUGCAAGCUCAGGAUAUGGAGAUAAUAAGCGAAUACUUGAAAGCCACCGGAAGCAAAAUGAGAAAACUGAAUUUCGCAUACAAUAGCAUCGGAUCUGAUGGCGCUGAAUACCUCUUUCGUGCGAUAAUCCUCAGCAAUAGUUUGACGCAUAUAAAUAUUGGCGGUAAUAAGUUGGGCAAACAUGGCGGCCGAACAGUGGCUAUGUCUUUGAGCUCAUGUUAUUUUCUGAUUUAUAUCAAUAUUACUUGGAAUGAUAUUUGCAGUGACGUAAUGAACUUGAUUUUGACUACGUUAAAAAAGUCCGUUAAAUUCCACAGGAUUGAAAUUUAUGGUAAUAAAUUCGAUGAAAAAUCAGCUAAUAUUUUACGGCGUCUACUCGAUGCUGGUGUUGUACUACAAGAGGAAAUUGACGUGACUUCAGUUUACGAUGAGAUUGUAACCGAUUAUCGUGUCACACGAUAUGAUUAAAAUUCAAAAAGUCAAUAAACAUUUGGAUUAUAGAAAGUACAAAUAAAUUGAACGAAUUCAUUUGAAA